CGCUCUGCUGCACUAAACCGAGGAGAAAGAGGGGGCGGGAGACAGAGAAAGGGAGAGAAACACACAGAGGAAAGAGAGGAAAAGAGAAGAAAGUGGCCAUUACACAAGGUGGAUUUUUCCAGAGCACCGAUGUUGGAACACUCUUCUGAGCUGGCCCUGGUGCAGAGUUUGUACGUCAACAGCAUGCGCUGUCCCCCCUCUGCGGCCGGGGUGUCUGUCAGGAAUGAGGACCUGCCUAUGAGCAACGGCAACAGCAGCAAGAUGAACGGGUCGCUGGAGCACUUGGACCAGCCAGACCCAGACUCCAUUAAGAUGUUUGUGGGCCAGAUCCCAAGAUCCUGGUCAGAAACAGAGCUGAAGGAGCUUUUCGAGCCCUUUGGAGCUGUGCACCAGAUCAACAUCCUUCGUGACCGCACCCAGAAUCCCCCUCAGAGCAAAGGAUGCUGUUUUGUAACUUUUUAUACAAGAAAAGCUGCACUAGAGGCCCAGAAUGCACUGCACAACAUAAAGACCUUAAGUGGGAUGCAUCAUCCUAUCCAGAUGAAACCUGCCGACAGUGAGAAGACAAACGCCGUGGAAGACAGAAAGCUCUUCAUUGGAAUGGUUUCAAAGAAAUAUGGGGAGAAUGAGGUCAGAAUGAUGUUCUCGUCUUUUGGGCAGAUUGAGGAGUGCCGAAUUCUCCGGGGACCAGAUGGCCUUAGCAGAGGCUGUGCGUUUGUCACAUUUGCUACCAGGGCAAUGGCACAGAAUGCAAUCAAAACCAUGCAUCACUCUCAGACUAUGGAGGGCUGUUCCUCCCCCAUGGUGGUGAAGUUUGCCGACACACAGAGAGAUAAGGAGCAGCGGCGCCUGCAACAGCAGCUAGCUCAGCAAAUUCAGCAGCUCAACAGCGCCUCCACCUGGGGCAGUCUGGCUGGCCUGGGGGCUCUCACACCGCAGUACCUGGCUUUGCUCCAGCAGGCUACUUCUACCAGUAACCAGAGCAGUUUCAGUGGAAUCCAGAGGCUAGGAGGUGUGAAUCCUCUGCAGCUGCAGAACCUGGCCACGUUAGCAGCUGCAGCAGCUGCAGCCCAGAACUCUACCACCCCAUCCUCCACUAACCCCCUGUCUGCAAAUGGUGGAGCCCUGGGAGCUCUGGCCAGUCCAGCAGCUGGUGCAACAGCAGGGUCCAGCGCAGGUCCUGCGAUGAACACCCUGGCAUCUCUGGGGACCUUGCAGGGUCUCACCGGGACCUCUGUGGGCCUCAACAACCUUAACGCUCUCACCGGCAGCAUCAGUGGUAUGGGGGCCAUGAAUGGAGGCCUGGGAGCCUCUAUGGCCAACGGGUCCGGGGCCAGCUCCAUGGAUGCCCUGACUCAGGCCUACUCAGGGAUGCAGCAGUACACAGCCUCCGCCCUGCCCUCCCUCUAUGGCCAAUCUCUCCUGCAGCAGAGUGCCGCUGGCAGCCAGAAGGAAGGGCCAGAGGGGGCCAACCUGUUCAUCUACCACCUCCCCCAGGAGUUUGGGGACCAGGACAUCCUGCAGAUGUUCAUGCCUUUUGGAAAUGUGGUCUCUGCCAAAGUCUUUAUUGACAAACAGACCAAUCUGAGCAAGUGCUUUGGGUUUGUCAGCUAUGACAAUCCGGUGUCAGCGCAAGCGGCCAUCCAGGCCAUGAACGGUUUCCAGAUCGGCAUGAAGAGGCUGAAGGUUCAGCUGAAGCGCUCCAAGAAUGACAGCAAACCCUACUGAUCUUAGCCCCGGGGCCUCCCCCCCUCCCCAGCUCUCAUGCUAGCACUGCUAGGGUAAGUUCACCCUCCAGCUAAGGUCACCACAGCAGAGACUCACUGGGCGGGGGGACAGGGGGGGCUUGUCUUCACCCACGCCCACCACUGGAGGGAGACUCAUCCUAUUCCUAAAAAUGUUGCAAUGUUUUCUUUUCCAUAUUCUACUGUAUCCCAUUACUGCGGUUUCAUCAUGUAAUUUGAAGCGUAUGAAAUGUUUUUAAUUUAUAUGAUUAUUUAUGACUAUCACUGGAGUCAGUGUUUUGCUGGAGGUAUUUUGUCAUUGUGAUGAGGAGAGCGUAGGUGUAUAUCUGUACCAUUUCAUCGCCUUCGGGUCAAGCUAAGACAGGUUGACUAAGGAUCAGUUGUUGUCUGAAAGGGCUGAAGCCAGUCCAAGUAGACCCCGAGCCCAGAGCUUCAGCCUUUGUUGGGCCUUUCACAUGUAGUCUGUCGCGUUCAUUUGUUUGUCCCCUCUAAUAUGUGAAAAUCUUUUGCACUCUACCUUUCAGUCUUUACUAUCAUCUCUCUCUCUCUAUCUCUCUCUCAUUGUCUCUCACUAUCUAAGCCAUGUUAAGCUAGGCUACCUCUCUUUUUCUCUAUUAACAACCUCUUCCAGUCAUUCCAUCCAUCCUCCAAGUCUCCUACAAAGGGGCUGGCUCAAGAUGGAUCUCUUUGGGUGCCAAGUAUACUGUUUGUGCAUGUUGGAGUCUCUGCCAUACAUCUGGUGGUGUCACUUUCUUAAAUCCUUUAUUGUUUUGUGUGUCAGGGGGACAAAUGUUUCCCUACUGUCCUUAUGUGGUGAUUGGCAUUGUUUUUGUUGGUUGUGCCUCAUGGCUAAAGGUUCUUUGUGCUGUGGCCCUAACUUUCUCUCUUCUUUCUCUUUUGUCUCUCUCUCUCUCUCUAUCUCUCUCUCCCUCCCUCUCUCUCUCUCUCUCUCCCUCCCUCUCUCUCUCUCUCUUCCUUCCAUGUUUUUCUUCCUUUUUAGAACAAAUCUCCAUGCCUGUUUGCUCAUCAUUAGCCUAGCAUGUCUUCAUGGUGUUGAAAGCCAAGCCAAACUCCUGGCCUCAUCAUCCCACCAUUGUCUGUGAUGUCUCUCUAAGCUCGCCUGACCAAUACCUGGCCACCCACUGACCCUUGACCUUAGCUCAACCUGAUUUUUCUGCAUGUAUAUUCCUUUUUUUGUUGUUUUUCUGUAUAAAAAUGUGACAGGUGGGAGAGAGGUCAAGCAAAUCAAUGUGAAAACUUACCUACACUCAAUUGAUUUAAGAGACUUUUUUGCAAAUGUUUUAAAGCCUGUGGGAUUUCACUUUUUUAUUUUUAAUUUUGCUUGUUUUUUUAUGUUGCUUUCUUUUUACCUCUCUCAGAAAAGUUCACUUGAAAGUUGAAUACAGGGAUUGGCACACAGCUGUGCUAUUUGGUGCCAUUAGCAAUAUGUUGGCUUCUAAAAAAAAAAAAAAAAAAAAUGCUAUAGACCACCUUCCAACACUUUUGAAAGUCUGAUCAGUAAAACCCCUCAGUGCUCUGUAAUGGUUUCUACAUUUUGCGGGCAGUGUAAAGAUUUUCACCGAGGCUGUUAAAGAAAAAAAUAUUCAUUUACAAAAAUAUUCAGUAUAUUUACUUUUCUUUCUUUUUGGAAAUAUUGAUGGCACAAUAAGGUACAUUUACUCUGUUUAGAGAAAUGACUACCUACAUGAGUCAACUUUUUUAGAACUGAUUCACAAAUAGACAAUCUGUGGUUUAAAUGCACACUUAGAUUACCUAUAUUUUAUACCAUUGAAUCUAUAGAAGUUUAACUAACAGAAACCCAGGCAAACUUUGGGUUUUUUGUAGAUUAUGUUGUAAUGUCAUCUAUGUCGGGGGGGGCGUGGGUUACUUCAGUGUAUUACGUUUUUAAAGAGGACUAAAAUCAGCCUGCUCGAUCUGCAUGGCCUUUUAAGGGUCGUUUCUAGCAAAGUAAAUGCAUAAGUCAAAAUUUCCUCUACAUUAACUGUAAUUUCAUCUUCUGGAAGGAAAAAAGUACUUUCUUUUCAAGUAUCAUUUCUAAGGUCGCAUCUUGAGUAUAUAGGCUCAUCUUUGUUUUUCUGCAUUUAAAAAAACAAGUUUAACUUAGUGUUAAAUUUCUACGGUACGUCUUGUUGAAUUUUGGUGAAUUUCUUGUUAAUGAUUUGGUUAAUGGAUGUUUCACUUUGGUUUAGUAUGGAUGCCUCAUUGAAAGAUAAUGAUUUACAAUGUCUUUUAAUAGCAUAGAUGCCAGACAAUGUUUUGUUUUGUUUCUUUUCUUUUUUUUUUUUUUUUUUUAUUAAGUGCCCAUGUGUCAAACUCUGUUUUAAAUUCACACAAUAUUCUUUCCUUGUGAUAGGACCCGGUUUUCUUUACACACAAACAUGCACAUGUACACACACCCCAGACACAUACACACCACGGGACGCAAAAAAAAAAAAAAAAAAAAAAAAACACUUUUUGUGGUUACAAAUGUGGGAGCCCCUGAAGAAGAGAUCACGUGGACACGACACACAACGCUGUGGGUCUCUGCACAUUUUGUACACACACUCACAUGUCUUCUUUGCCGAUUUAAAUUCUUUUUAAGUGACUUCCGACAUGUUUUAGUCAUGUUAUACCCAGCACAGCACAUGAUACUGCUAAAUCCACCACAACCGUGUUGGUUUACAAAUACAUUCCAUUUUUUCAGCACAAGGUUUACACUAUGUUUUAUACGGGCGGGGGGGGAUUUUAUGUCUGUUAUACUGCACGUUAAGACAACCCUGGUUAAUUACAGCUGCACCACAUCACCCCCAAAGAAGGUUUCCCAAAAAUUGUGCACCUAAUGGCGCUAAAGAGUUGUCAACUCAGGGUUUGUUUUUUUUGUUUGUUUUUUUUUUUGUUUGUUUGUUUUUUUUUGCUUUUUUUUUUUGUUGUUGUUUAUUUUUUUUUUGUGUGUGUUAUGACAUCACACAAGGGAUUUAAGACACAAAAUGCACAAUUGUUACCAUCUGAUAUGUUUCGGUUUGAAUUUUUCAUUCUCCAAUUGCGUACAAAUUCCAAAACGGUACCAAAUUUGAAAAAGUGCUUGAGGGAGUAUUGUUUUUGUUAGGGAAAAAGUCAAAGCACAAUUAUAAGAAAUAUUUGCUUUUUUUGCAGAAUGUUGUAUGUGUGAUAUCACAAAUUGUCAAGGUACCACAAAUUUCACUUUUUAAUAAUAUGGGCAUGUGCUUUUUGCAGUGUGUUUUUUCUAUCCAAAUGCAAUACAAUAUUCAAAGUGCCAUAUACGUCUAGAAACUGCCUACACAUCCUAUUAGGCCUUGGUUAGAGAUUGCUGCAGUUCGCCUUUUUGUCUAUUUAUGCCAGUGUCAUGAAAGCUCUUGUCACCUGCUCAUGUUUUUUACCCCCCACUCUGUGUGUUGAGUUAUUGGUAAAAAUGUGUAUUGUGAUGUACUGAAUUUGAACAAAAUUGGUUUAAACAUCCUGUAGAUAAACAAUAAAAUUCCCUAAACAUUUGAAGGUUAAACCUCGUUGUUAGUGAGUGUAAAAGGCAUGUACUGUAACACUUUGCGAUACAAGCCACAUUUUGUACAACAAAUUGAGGAUGAGGAAAGCUGGUGAAUUAGAAUAAAAAAGGUAUCGACUGCAGCUCGAGUAAAAAGACAACUCGAGUGCCAUGUCAAUCAGACGAUUCAGCGUAAAAUUAUAGAUUUGUUACGUUUGCAGCUCUGUAGCUCUAUACAGUGUAUGGUGGGUUGUUACAAUGAAUGAAUAAAAGCACAAUGUACAGUACACACCGGUCCGAAUAGGAACUUGACUCACUUCAGGGGCUUCCAUCACAAAUCCCGUUCAAUUGUACGAUCAUAACAAUCACUUUCUUCUCUUUUUUUUUUCUUAUUCUGAAGUGCUAUUUUUGACAGUGUGGUAGCUUUGCAUCUCUAGAUAUUGUCUUGGUCCCGAAAACAAAAAAGAAAAAGAAAAAUCUUUAUCCUGUGUUAUUUUUCCUUGUCUGAUAAUCGAUAGGACUUUGUUCAUGUUUCACCAAUAAUUUGAUAGAUGUUUGUGUUGUCUUGAUGAAAGCCAAAGUGGGUGCAUCUUGAUGUGAUCUGUAUACAUACAGUAGUUUUCUGUUUACCAACUUUUUGAACUGGGUGGGAUUUGAAGAAAAAAAAAAAGAAAAAAACAAAACAAAAUGACAAACAGGCUUUCCAAUUUCUACAACUGGUUGUUCAUAUGUAUUUUGUACCAGUGAAGCUUUUUAUAUUGGAAAUUAAAGAAAAAAAAUCUAUAUUGGAAAAAAAAAUUGUCUGGCCUCUCAAUGUGGCCUCGCCUUGACUAGGUCUCGAGUCUGGCCUGUUGGUGGUGUCAAGCAAUUUUUGGUCACUAGUUUUUGUCUCUAAAAGAUGCCUGAUUUUAUUUACUUGGAUCUCUACAUGUUCCUCACUUCGUUAUUCAGUUUCAUUUCGGGGGGGUUGGGAUCCUCUAAAUUGUGGUAAGUUUCAUGUUAGUAUUUGUGCUGUCCACAUAGUUUAAUGGUCAUCGAGGUUUAGACAACUUGUGUGGAUAAUUGUCUUAGUUGAGCAGUUAAAACUAUCUGUUGUUUAGUUUCAGCCUUGCUUUUUACCUGUGUAGAGUUUUUCUGUUUUCCCAUAGCGGAGUGUGUAGCCAAAAGACUCUGUGUUCUUUUUUGGUCAAUGUUUGUUCAUGUGUGGUGUGUUUCUUUGCCUCUGUCUCCAAAUUAAACCAUUUCCCCUAA